GACGAUCUUUGUGCUUGCACACGAAAGGGAAAGGAAACGGCGACUUCUCCAUUCCGAAAUCCCCCCUUCUCGCUCAUCUUUAGCCGUAACGAGUGUUUGAUCGAUCGGACGGUUUCAGACGAAAUAAACGUACAUUUCUCAGUUUCAGGGGGUUUUCUCGGUCGCUUUCUUUUCCGUGACUCACCCUCCCCGUAGAGCCUGCGGUCGACCAGUCGAAAUCCAGAUCCAUCGAGCUGCACAAAGUUGAUAGUCGAGCUAACUGAGCUAGCUCACUUUGCUAACUAGCUCGGGGAGCCAGUUUGUUUUUUUGCGGACAGUUUCGGGGGCGUUGUUUUCGUCAUUACAUUGAAGCUUGUUGUGACUCUUUCCCCCCCGCUGUAAUCUGAAGAGUAUCUGCGGUGAGGUUUUUGAGCUGUAAGCCGGUUGUUACAAAGCUAGCUGCUAGCUAACACCCUGCGCAUAUAGCCUGAGUGAAGGCCGCAGCCCUCCUCUCACCUCCUCAGUGUUUGCAUCGCCGCGCAGUGAGUGACAGCUUACUUGGUGACACAGAGACUUCUCCCUGAGGAGCCAAGAAGCAGACGGCUCAUGACUUCUGACCAGGACACGAAAGUUGUAGCUGAACCACAGGUGCAGCAAGUGCAAGAGGCAAAAGAGAACUCUCAUUUGGAAUCCGCCAAGGUUUCAGACCUCAACCCCAAUGCGAAAGCAUGGGCCAACCACAUGUUUAGCCUGGACCCCAGCGGGAGUGCUGACACCACCACUGCUGCCCUGCAGCCAUGGAAGGAAGGCUGCGAUAGUUUGGCCGACCCCGGGCCAGAAGGCUAUGAAGCCAGUGAAGACAAGGCCUACAAGGAGCCUCUACUAACUGACCCAGAUGAGCCUCCUCCGGUCUCAGUGAUGCUGGCCGAGCCGGCCCCAGCGGCCCCCGUGGCCCCCGUCGCCCUGGAGGGCUCCGAGCCGGCCUACACAGAAUACUCUGAGCCUGGGCAACCAGGGCGCACAGCAGGUAGUGAACCCCAGCAGGAGAAUCCCCAGGAGGGCUUGAGGGAACACCUGAAGAAGACGUUGGAGUUUUGUCUUUCCAGGGAGAAUCUGGCCAGUGACAUGUACCUCAUUUCCCAGAUGGACAGCGACCAAUAUGUGCCAAUCGUGACCGUGGCCAACCUGGACCACGUCAAGAAGCUCAGCACAGACGUGGAGCUGAUCGUGGACAUUUUACGAUCUCUGCCGUUGGUUCAGGUGGAUGAGAAGGGGGAGAAGGUGCGACCCAAUCAGAACCGCUGCAUCGUUAUUCUCAGAGAGGUUCCUGAGAGCACGCCCAUAGAGGAGGUGGAAGCUCUUUUUAAAGGGGAAAACUUACCCAAGUUCAUCAACUGUGAAUUUGCCUACAACGACAACUGGUUCAUCACCUUCGAAUCAGAAGCUGACGCACAGCAGGCAUAUCAGUAUCUCCGCGAGGAGGUGAAGACCUUCCAAGGGAAGCCUAUAAAGGCGAGGAUAAAGGCGAAGGCAAUCGCUAUCAACACUUUCAUGCCAAAGAACGGAUACCGGCCGGUGGAGGUAAACCCGUACGCCCAGCAGCGCUACACGUCUUACUACAUCCCGCCGGUUUACAGCCCGCAGCAGCAGUUCCCCUUGUACAGCCUCAUCACGCCGCAGGCCUGGUCCGCCACACACAGCUUCAUCGACCCCACGCUGGUUGCACCAUUUCACAACAACCAGUUCAUCAACGGAUUUACCACGUCACACAGCUUCAAACCAGCGUCGUCCCCGCUCACCGUCAGACACUACUCGCCCAGGAACAGGACUCACAGUAAACCUCACCUGAGGCCGACGGUCCCGACAGCCGACCGCAGCACCGGGCUCCUGGACAACCCGGGACUCUUUCCCAGCUUCCCCAGCGAGAGGCUCAACGGUGUCCGGAGCAGUCCGCCGAUGCGACUCCCCACCAGCCAGCCGAGAACCAGGUUACCCUCCACCGCAGCCUUCCCGCGCAGGGACACCGUGGGCACGGGGCGAGUGACCGAGCCCACCACCACAGACUAUUCCCUGGGUAUCGGGCGAGGAAGGAAAAAUGUUUCUGCUUCUAGGAAAAAGAGGGACGAAAAGUUUACAAGAGCGACGCCUCAGUCGCCGCCGCCUCCUCCCAAACCCCCGUCCCCGAGCUUUGAGCUGGGCCUCUCCAGCUUCCCGCCGCUGCCCGGAGCCGCCGGGCACCUCAAGACGGAUGACGUGUUCGACAACCGGCUGGCGAGCAGCGUCGUGGUCGGAACGGUCAAGGAACGGAAUGUGAGCGCCGAUUCCAGCACCGGGGCAGCUCUCUCCCCAGCGGGCCCCAAGGAGCCGCUCCGGUCCUCCACCUCCCCGAUGCCCACAAGCUUCCAACCCUCACCGCCAGCCUCCACCCCAGCCUCAGCCUCGGCCGCGGCCUCAACCCCGACAGUGACCGCGUCCUCCAGCGGCCCGCCACACAGUCCCGCUCCCUCCCUGCCAGCGGCGGAGGUGAAGGCGACGGAGACGAAGCCGAAGCCGAAGGAGGCGCCGUUAUCCGUGGAGCGAGUUCCAGGCACGCUGUCCACCGCGAGCAAAUCGGUGCAAGUCAACGGCGCUGCUACAGAGCUGAGGAAGCCCUCCUACGCUGAGAUCUGCCAGCGGUCGAAGGACGCCUCGACAUCACAGCAGCCAGCCAACCCCAAGGAAGCCAAGCCAGCGAGCUCCGCCCCUGCGGGCGAGGAGCGGAAGUGCCCCGACGCCUCUGCCCCCGCAGGAGACGCAAAGGCCAGAGAGACUUACCACACUUCCUCCAAAGCCGGCUCGGCAGCGGCCGCCACCACCACCACCACCCCGGGCAGACCCCCGAGAGAGGCCCGGAGGCCGGCCGGGCGGUGGGCCUCGCCGCCCCCACACCCAGGGAAAACCCCAAACAAAGAUCCCCACCACACCCCGCCCAAAUCUCCGCAGUAAUGCGACCCCUCUUCCUUCCUGUAACCACGCUGCGCAGAUGCGUUCAAAAAAAAGAGAGAAAAAAAGGAAAUAUAAGUCAGGGCUACUCGAUACUUCUAUCCCAGAAUCAGCAGUCACAAGCGAGCAGUGAGGACGCCUUCUUCUCUGGAUCAGGGCUUGCAGACAAAAAGCACUUUACUGUGCAUGUAGAGCACCGUUUCAUUCUUUUAUUCUAUUUAUUUGCUUUUUUUUAUUUUCUGUUUUAUUUCUUUUUCUCUUUUUUUUUUUUUUUUUUUGCAUUACGUAGCUGUGUCAGCCCGUAAGUUGGCACAGACAACACUGAAAUUUAUUCAUUCUGUCCAAAUGGCCUUGUGGGAUUAAAUUAGUCGAGUGUGUGUGUGUGUGUGUGUGUGUGUGUGCGGGCGCAGCAGCAGCAGCGGGGCAUUGUUUGGAGCCCCGCCUCCCGGGUGGAUGACAGGAAGGAGCGGGCACAACAGACUCCACCUUUGUUGGCGCUCAUAGUGAGGCGUUUGUUUUGCGUUUAAAGUGGCGGUGUUCUGCAGAUUAAUGUUGCUUAACUGAACGCCAUGACGUGUUUUUAAAUACAUUUUUCAUCCAUAUGCAAGAUCUCAUAGCUAAAUCUCAUUACAGUAAGACUCGGAUCAUCUAGUUUACAUCAUCUCAAAGUGAUUUUACUGUGUUUGUUUCUUUUACUUCUCGAGGCUUUUUUUCUGUUUCUUUUUUUAGUUUCUUAGCUUCUCUGUUUUUGUUUUCGGCUGGUAAUCAUCGCUGUGUUUUCUGUCUCUGAUCAUUUUUCUACUUUUAAAGAAUCAACUUAUUCAUCUGCUGUUUUUUUUCCGUUGUCGCUAACACUGCUAACCUGCUAGCCGUAGAGCGCAGCCCGCGUCUGACGGCUCAUUGGGAGAUCGAUGCUUUUUGCAGCGUCUUGACGGGAGCCCGUGUGGAGGAGUGCAACCAAAACUUUGCUUUGUGUCGGACCGUUAGAAGAGAGUUUAAGAGGAGUUGUGGUUGUUUUUAACCCCCGGGCUCUGUCUCUAGAUAUUUAGCGGUCUGAAGGAGUGAUGGUCAGUAAACGUUUUCAAAUCGCUGCGGCGUCUCUAACAGCUGCGGUGUCGUCUUUGGAGGUUAAUUUGUUGAUCUGAACGUCCGCCGAAACACCGACGGCUUCAGAUUGUUUUUCUUUAAGUGUCUGACAACACAGAAAAAAUAAUUAGACCUUUCUGUUGACGAGUAAGACGCCACAUCCCUGUGAUGUCAUCCCGCCAUCGAACGUCUAUAAAAGUGGACGACGUGUCACCGCCUCCUGUUGUGUUAAAGUGAAGCCAAAGCUCAAGUCGGCGUGUGGCUUUGAAGCAGAUUUUCACAGUUAUGUAACGUUCACUGACUCUUGUGUUGGCGUUCGUUGUGUUUCCUCGCCUUUCAUCCUCUGUUCUAAUGAUGCACACUUUAUUACACCGCAGCAACCAUAGUCGCCGAUCAUGGCGUUAAACCUUGUUUUCAAAGCAUCAUAUAACAAAUUCAAAUCUCAAAAACUUCUCUGAAAAAUAAACACAUGGAAUCAGCUUAAAAACUGACCAUGGUGACAGAAAAACAUUUUAUUUGAUGUGUGUUUUGAUUUGAUGUCCCAUCUGUUUACAUGGAGGAGGCGGAGCUUAUGAUGUGUACUGAAGCCAGCCAGUAGGGGGAGCUCCAAUAAUGUUCUGCCGUCACUUUUUGGGAGUUCUUCCAUCUUUUAAAACGGUCUCUGAGUCAGACGCUUAAAGGGACAAUGGAAGCCUCAGUUGUGAGAGCGAGCGUCAUAAUGUGUGAAAUAUAGGAGCCUGGAUUUAAAAAUACCCCGAGUCGGCCCUUUUAAGAGAGUUCUCGUUUCUCCAGUCGCUCGCCGUGUGUGAAGACAUUUCAAGAGGCGUGGGAGGCAGAGUGCUCUCUUCUCGUUUCUGUUUAUAAACAAACUAAACUGUGGACUGAAAAGCUUCAGCUGGCACAUACUGUCAAAGGGCGACGUGGGGCGGACUCGUUUAGAAUCCAGCGGUGACCAUGAAACGACGGUUUUAGGGGAGGAAACACGGGCGAGCUGUUAAGAGAAAGGAAGACGUUAACAGUAGAUCAGAGGUUAACCCACGUCUGUGUUUCUCUGUGAGCGGAGAGGACGACGCAGCUGAAGAUCUGCGGAGGCAAAAAUAUGUUUUCUGUCAAUGACCGCGAUGAGUUUAGAGCCGCGUUUUGGUAAGAAGAGGCGGCGGCGGGAUGCUUCUCGUUCAAACCUUGUAGGCGGUGGUGCAUUUCUCGUUCUCCGUUCUGGGUGUGGUGCCUCGACGUCGACUACAGCUCAUCUCAAACUGCUCGCAGGGAAACGUGUUUAAGUUGCACUGUUGGCGUUUUCUCCGACUCGGGAGCGGUUAAAUGUUUUCAGACGAUCCUAAAUGAAGCGUCUCAUUUAAAAAAAAAAAAAAAAAAAAAAAAAGGGAAUUGAUCUCGGAGAUGCAAGAGAAGAAAAUCGCUCUGUUUUCUUUAUUGAAAAUGAACCCAAGAGAAAAAAAAAGUGCAUCAGCAUCUCUGUCGACGUGGUCGCUCACGCCUUCUGCUUGUGUCGUUGCCCGUUGAACACACCGCGGCGGGAGAGACGGGUGCGUUGCACUAUUUUCAGGGCUGGUUGAAUAAUCGUUGCUUUAUCGCUGACGGGAGGCGGCGUGCUGUGGUUUUGGGAUGUGGGCCUUCUUGGUUCUGUAUCAACGAGGAUUGUUUAGAGUGUGGAAAGUGAGAAGGUCGAGAAUCGAGAAUAUUUUGUACUGAAGUUAAAGCGAAGGAGGUAGAUGAUGAGUGGAUUGUUUUUGGGGAAUGUAGUUUGAGUGUGGAAGAGAUUUUAGUUGCACAUCUCGUUGGGCUAAGCGUCACAAGGCAGAGAGAGAGAGAGAGAGCAGAGCGGUCGUGUGAAACCUUUUUCCUCGCGGUGAAGACGUUCAGCUGCUUCUUUUCUUUGGUGCCGAGUCUUCAACAGAAAGGGUUGUUUCUUUUCUGACCACAUGCUCCCCGUCUUGGUUUCUUCUGGUUUGCACACUUUCAUUUGUCCAGAGAUUAAAAUAAAUGAAUAAAAAAGCAUAAAGAUUGCUCGAAGCACACACACACAAAGUCUUCUUCCUGCUGCACUCACACGUUCAUGGGACGGUGAAUUAAAAGCACAGAGUGGAAGGACUAAAAACAAAACCUUCUCACAUCCUUUACUCGCCUUUUAGUCGACCGGACGGAGACGCCGUACCCGCAGCCGCACAAUCUCUGGCUUUAGGAGACUUACCGCAGCAGCAUUUGGCACGGCAGCGGUUUGUCUCCGAGCUGCGUGAUUGGUCGGAUUCUUUGAGUGAAGUAGAAAGAAUUCAGAUGCGAGGAGGAAAUGUUCAAUCUAAGAUUUGGACGGGACGUCUGUCUACUGUAGCAGCCACUUUGACAGAUAACCAAACCCAAGUCUUUGAUUUUGUUUUUUUAAACAAAUAAUCUGGUGAAGAGGCAAAAAUAACCGAAGAGUUUCCCCGAUGACUCUGAACGACGGAGAGAUAAAAGUUGACGUUCUCCUUCCCCGUGCAUCGUCUGUGUGCUCGAGUUAAUCUUCCACAGUUUUCACCUCAGAUGCAAAACAUCCAUAAAGAUAAAAAAAAAAAACACAACCCCACUGUACAAUAUAUAUACACACAAUAGAAACCUACACGACGUGGGACCUUGCAUGUCUCGCCAAAGUCUUCCUGCAACCACAAGCAUUCUGGGUAAUCCCACUGAGAGAGAGGCGGCGUGGAGAAGGGAACGCUUCAGUCACAGGCCUGUACUCCUGCUCCGAGCUGCUUUUGAUUUUGGAAGCUAAAUCUUGAGUUUGCUUAAAAUGAUAUACAUAUAUAUAUUUUGUUUUAUUUUGAAGGACAGACGUGCACUUGGAUGGGUCGAUUAUUUUUGUUGUGCUUUUUUUUUUUCUCAUUGGUGGAAAUGCAAGCAAAAAAAAAAAAAAAAAGUUAAAAAAAGCGCACCAUAUCCACUGUUAUUUAUGAAGCGAUGCUGUUUAUUCCAUUGGAUUACAUCUUUAAGUUUUUCGUUUUUCUUUGGGAGAGAAUAAAGACGCGGCGUCGCACCUCUACGGCGCCGCCGCGCUCACGCAAAAUGUAAAGAAACAAUUCCAUCCAGUGUUUGAGAAACUUGAAUUUUAUUUAAACUUGAAAAAUGACUUUGCCUUAACUUUUAUACAAGACGAGCAUAGAGUUUAUUUCUUUUCAACAACAACAAAAAAUCCCCAAAAUGUUAAAAGAGGAGCGACGUGCGGGAGAUGUUGAGUCGUACCGGGACGCCCCGAGUCUGACUGACGGAGAGAGAGAGAGAGAGAAGCAGCUUUUUCUUUCUCUUCCCUGUUUUUGUAAAACGUACGAAGAAGAAUCAUUUUGAUUGUUCCUUUUUUUGUUUCUUGUUGAAUAGUUUCAGGUUGUGUGUUUUUUUUGGGGGGAAGGCGGGCGGGGUGGCGGGUGGCGGGCGGGGAUUCUAAAACCUUGUAAAUGCAAAACUAGUCGAUACUGUAUUAAAUCUGUGCACUUUGAAGUGUGUGCUUUGCUUGUACAGUUGUAAAUAUUCAGAAAAAUAUAAGAGGUACCUUAAAAUGAUUAUUAAAAAUAUAUUGAUCUUGUUGAAUUAUUAAUGUCGCUGUCGAGCUGGAUGUAGGAUUUAAAAAAAAAAAAAAAAGUAAAUGUUGUGCUUCUUCGGACAUAUUUUCGUUUAACUUUUUUUUUUUUUUUUUAACUUUUCGUUUGGGUGAAUUCUGCUCCUCUUUGCGGGGGCGCGCAGGUCGUCUGAUUGUACUUGUUAUUGUUUUGUGGUCUUUCAUUCCAUUUACCUGUGUGGUCGCGUGCGCCUGGGUGUACAGGUUGCGACCUUAGCCCCCCCCCCCCCCCCCUCACUGUGCACUAAUUGGAAAAAAGAGCCUGUGGUACUGACGAGCCUCUUCAUUACAAAGCUGCGUGUCCACCAGCGUCCUCUUUUCAGCUCUGGCUUCUCUCGUUUACUCUUCGGGUGAGGAGGGGGAAAAAACACUACAUGUCGAUUUAUAACGGUCACCUAGCAACAGAAGCACACACACACACACACACACACACACACACACACACACACACACACACACACACACACACACACACACACACACACACACACACACACACACACGUGCAAAGUCAGCCAUUUUAAAAUACUGCUGUUAUAAUAUUGAAUAAAUUAAAUGAUUUAAAAAAAAAAAAAAACACAUUCAAAGAGAGAGUAGACUUGUUGUAAUUCCAGGAAAUCGCACCACUAGACGAAAACACUAACUGUAAAAAAUAAAUACACCGCGUAGGUCCCGACCGAUGUUACGUUUUUUGGGGCCGAUACCGAUGUUGAAAAAGAUAUCGGCCGAUAUCUUUCUUAGAUCUAUGUUCCAUCUGUACAGAUGAAUAUUUAUACACGUUUAUUUUGUUGAUCCCUCAAAUGCAGUUACACUUGUAACACUUGUGGAAAAGAUAUUUAACGAAGACAAGAUGGUCACUCGAUUGGAAAUCCAUUGUAAUCCAUAUAGCGCCCUCUGCUGGUGAAAGACAACUGUCCAACGAUACUCAUUAAAUGCUAUUUGACUGCUGAAUAAAUCUAUUAAUAUCGGCGCAUAUCUGGGAUAAAAUUAGCCGAUAACGAUAGUCACUAUGCUAAUAUCGGCCGAUAUUAUCGGCUAUGCGAUUAAUCGGCCGGGCUUUAUUUUGACACGUUUAUACAUACGAGGUUGAGACUAUGUAUUAAACUUCCUCGUGUCCAUGAAACAUGGACAGCAUGACUCAACAAUAUCUCAUGUUCGAUGAUAUAAAGACGAUAGAAAGCUGAAGUUCUGCCUCAUUUUUAAAAGCCCGAUGUUUCUGUCAUCAUCUUCGUUAAAACUCUGAAACCUUACUUGUGAUUUUCUGUCCAUAUUCAACAAUGGAGUUUUUAAUUAUACCAUUUUGUUGUCAAAGUCGAGGGUAAUCAUCUAAGGAGAUAGUUUAUGAUUAUUUGUGGUGGGGGCAGGGGGAUGAAAUGAAAAGAUAAAUAUCUGUCAUCGGUUAGUAGAGCUGGAGUCCGGAUGUUUUUAGCCUAGCUUAGCAGAGCUAGCUUGUUGCUGUCGAAUUAGAAAAAUGUGGUGUUGAUGCUUUUUUUACUUUUUGUGUUUGUUCCAAUGUUAAUCAAACACGUUUCCUUUCAGUCUGUGAUCUCUGGAGGCGCUGAUUGGCUCAUUUUGAAUCUUUUAAUCGAGCCAGGCUACUCUAGCGGUUUCCCUUUACGUCCAGUUUAACGCUAAGUAAGGCUAACCACUUCCUGAACUCUUGACUCUGUGCUGAACAUGCACGUAAAAGUGACAUUUUUCUCAAGUAAACACUUUAAGGGAGAGUCAGCUGCUUAUUCAGUGAAUGUUGAAUAGUUUUAUUUACCAACGAUUAAAUAUUUCUAAGGAUACAACUCCCACAUGUAGCAUCAACUAGCUAACUCUUCAGACUACUCAUUAAAUGUCUGAUUUUCUGCACACGUACCUACUCGUUCUUGACGUUUAUUUUUCCUUUAAACUAGACGUACAAGAUCUUUGCUUGAAUCAAAUAUAAAAUUGGCAGAAUUUAGUUCAAAAUGAUAUUCUUAAUGUUCACAAAUCAGACCAGAAAUUGUCCCUAAAAUUUGUGAUUCCUUCAGAUUUGGUGAAUAAUGAAAAGCUCUCCCCUGCUCUUCUCGUCACUUGCGUCCAUCUGCUCUUAAAUCGUGUAUGAAUCGCUCUGACUUAUGGGAAAUGUAGUAUUCACAUUAAUUCAAUGGUAGGGAUGAAGCAGAUUUGGUUGAGGCUUUUAUUUUAGGGGUUUGCUUGAAUGUGGACAGAAAAUUAACAACUUAGUUUUAGUUUUCAGGCCGAUGUGAAAGAAACAAAAUCUGGACACGGGAAGUAAUCAAACUUCAGCUUUCUAUAUUAUUAUCUUAAAAGCCAGCUAAAAAGACGGAUGCCUGAUGGACACGUCCCGGUUUUGUCUCCUGUCUUAAGACUCGCUGUGCUUCAGGGCGAUCUGAAGUCUGACGCACAAUAAAGCACAUUUCAGAGCUUUUCACAUCUUCAGCUUGUGCAGCACCCGACACUCAAAAGUGGGAGAGUGUUUCACGGCCGGCAAAUUUUAAGGGCCCGCUUGAUUGUAAAUUUUGGCAACGUUUCUUGAGUAACUUUUUCGAGGGGGAGGCAAAUGUUUUGGGUUGUUGUCGCUGCAGAAGGCUGGGCUUGAAACUUCCCCACCAGAGUGUCGAUGCAGAUCUGUGUGUUGUAACGUCGUCCUCUGAUCAUUCAAGGGUUUUUGUUUUUGUUAAUGUUUCAUCCGCUUUCAUCACUCCCCCUCCUGAGAAAAAUACAUGUAAGAGUUAUUUUUAUUUUUUGUUGUUUUUUGGGGAGUUGGGAACAGAAGCAGAGGCUUUACUGGACCUUGUUUCAUGUGUUUUCAGAGCGCGUCUUUCCUGCACUCAUUGAGUGGAGGAACGCGCGCCGAUGGAGAUAUCUGUUAAAAACCAUUUGAUCACAUGUGGACUGCAUUUUGAUGUGGCAAAGAAAACCAAUACCUGUGCCAUUAUUCAGCUGUUCUUUUUGUCUUUACUGGGCGGUUCAACCUGUACAUAGCUGAGCGCUUGCCAUCUCGGCUUUUAGUUUUGUCUUUUUUUAAGAUGUGAUUUUCUUGUUUUCAAAAGUCCAUCAAAGGCUUCUCGCAUCAGGAGAAAUCUACAAUGUGACACCACUGACUGUAGGAGCAGUUUUUUGUUUUUGUGCGUCGUAACUUUGCGGUCGAUCCCUGCCGAGGUCGCGGCAUGUAUUCGACCUCUGAACAUUCAGACUGGGCAUCCCUGAACUGUGAAUGUGUGCAUGUGUGGAAUAAUUAAAAAUGUACCACCCAGAAAAAAUCCCGACCGACGCAAAGGUGACUCUCCACUGAAGGCCAGUACCUCAGACUGCAUGGUACCGCUGGUGGAGGGGAUCUGUCACGUUGGCGGCCGCGAGUUCUGCACGCCUCUCCUGUAUCAUUAAACGCUUCUUUAGGUUAGCGUUUUGAGGAGCUCCUUUUUUUUUUCUUCUUCUUCUCAUGGACUUCCACACGGAGCCUCAUAUCAGCCUGUCGGUCGCCUCAGCUCUUCGUCUCCUCCCUCCUGUUCGCCCGUUUUGACAGUGCCAUUUUUUAUUUCUUUUUUCCCCUCAAGGGUUGCAUCUUGUUUAAAAAUGGACGCUCUUGUUGGUUGUUUGUUUUUCUUGAUUUAAAAAUUAACGAAUGCACACCGAACUGACUGGAACAAGACUCGACGUCUUCUUCAACUCACUGUGGUUUAACUCAUUAACACUCGUACCGUGCUACGCUAACAGCUGUGGACAAUCGAUGACCCCGUCGUGUUGGGGUUGGGACAGAUGACUUUGCCUAACGACACCUUUAACACGUGGAAGGAGGUUGUGUUCCAAGAGGGCUUCUUCUUUUGUUUUUCAUCUUUCUGUUGUUUUUCUUUAUUUUAUUUUUUUGGUCUAUUCUUCCAUCGAGACUGGAAUCAAGCGUACAUGUCAGCUAUAGAUAAUUUAAGUUACUCUGUGUCAUGAUGUAAAACUGUCUAAUUUGGAGAAAAAAAUGUAGCUUACUGAAAAAUAAAGAUUUAGGCACUGUUGAGAA